AUGGUCAAGAUACGGCCGAGACACCUCUCAUUUCAGCUUGCCAAACGACACAAAGCGAAGGCGUCGUCGUGCGGCCUCGACAUCCCGCGCCGCGUUCCGGCAAGCUCCCGAGCUCCACAUCCUCAAGCCCACUACCCUCGAGCAGUCCCGCGGAUAAGGACCUCAGGGUCGCCGCCUCCGGCGGCGGGUUCUUUUCUUGCUUCCGGUGGUGGGAGCACGCGUGGGCGAUGGCGGGGGACCGCGGGCUCCUGCUCCUCUUCCUCCUUGUCCGACGGCGUGUUCCAGGUGACCGCUGGAUCCACGGGGAGGAGCUUGUUGCAGGCCAAGAAGGAUUGCCCUGUGAGCUUUGAGUUCCAAAACUACACAAUCAUCACAAGCAAGUGCAAAGGGCCGAAAUUUCCUGCUAGCCAAUGCUGCGCUGCUCUCAAGGAAUUUGCCUGCCCAUUCUAUAUGUACCUCAAUGAUGACAGCAACAGCUGUGCGUCGACCAUGUUCACCUACAUCAACCUCAACGGUAAGUACCCACCAGGCCUGUUCUCCAGCGAGUGCAAGGAAGGCAAGUUGGGGCUUUCUUGCGAAAAUGUCCCCCAAAGAGAUAUUUCCACUGCAAAUGGUGGGGAACGCGCUCAACGCAGCUUCCUUGCAUGGAUUGUCUUGAGUGUGGCAGUAGCGUCGUUGUUCCAUUGAAUGAUAGCUCCAUUCAUUUGCCCGAAAUAUAGGGUGUUUCAACUGUUGAGGCUUUGAGUUUGAUCAUUGCACCUUAUGGUGCUCCUGGUGGGUUAGCUGCCAGAUUCUUCGUUUUGUGUGUAAAAUCUCUUCUAAUAUAAUUUAUGAUGUAUUGUGUAUUUUCUGGAAUUUGACUUGUCAAUGCCGGUGUUUAGCUCAAACUCAGCUCAACUCAGCGGUAUCAUUGUAUUGUCACUGUUGCGUUACACUAUGAUGCUUAUGUAUCAAUUAUCAUUCAUAUUGAUCGUGGCCUAAUUUUGUUGGGUCA